AAGCGCACAACGUCCCGUAAUUACAGAUCAUCUCCUUUAAAUACCACUUUUUAGCUCAAGCCCAAAUCUCACAUUUCUUUUCAAGAACAACUACUACUCCGUUCUCUCUUUGUUUCUCGGUGACCCCUUUCUCUCCGGAUUCUCGUGGGGGUCGCCCAAAAUCAGAAAAAAAAAAAGGAAAAAAAACCCAAAAAAGAAAAAAAAACCAAAAUUUUCAUUCAAUUCCUAAAUUACUAAUCAAAUAUAAUCCAAAAAACCUAAAAAAGUGAAGAAUUGUUUUCAAUUUUUCAAAUAAUUUUCAACCAUGUCGGAAAUGGCUAACACGGAUCCCGAAGGGAUAGACGCAGUACGGAUGACGUGGAACGUUUGGCCACGCACCAAAGUCGAAGCGAGUAAGUGUGUGAUUCCGUUAGCCGCAUCCAUUGCUCCGAUCCGUUCACACCCGGAUAUUCCGACCCUACCUUACGCUCCUCUACGAUGCAAGACCUGUUCCGCCGCUCUCAACGCCUUUGCCCGCGUUGACUUCACCGCCAAGAUCUGGAUCUGCCCGUUCUGUUACCAGCGCAACCAUUUUCCGCCUCACUAUGCCAUGAUCUCCGAAACGAACCUCCCCGGCGAACUCUACCCGCAAUUCACCACCGUGCAAUACACACUCCAACCGAAUCCCGAUCCAAACAACCCUUCCAAUGCUCCUCAAUUGCCACCAGUGUUUGUGUUCGUGUUGGAUACGUGCAUGAUCGAGGAAGAGCUUGGGUUUGUUAAAUCGGCGAUGAAGCAGGCUCUUGGAUUGUUGCCAGAACACGCGCUUGUCGGGUUCGUUUCGUUUGGGACUCAGGCUCAUGUCCAUGAAUUGGGGUUCUCGGAUAUGUCGAAGGUCUAUGUUUUCAGGGGUAGUAAGGAGAUUUCCAAGGAGCAGGUGUUGGAGCAGUUAGGCCUUGGUGCUGUUGGGCGGCGGCCAACCGCUGGGUAUCCGAAAGGCCUGCAAAAUGGGUACACAAAUACGGGCAUUAACCGCUUUCUGUUGCCUGCUUCUGAUUGCGAAUACACGCUCGAUUCGCUGUUGGAUGAGUUGCAAACGGAUCAAUGGCCUGUACAAGCAGGGCACAGGGCAUGCAGGUGCACCGGAGUGGCCUUAAGUGUUGCAGCAGGAUUGCUUGGGGCGUGCUUGCCUGGAACUGGUGCUAGGAUUAUUGCACUGGUUGGUGGUCCAUGUACUGAAGGACCGGGCACGAUUGUUUCAAAAGACUUGUCAGAACCUGUACGUUCCCAUAAAGAUCUUGAUAAGGAUGCUGCACCUUAUUUUAAGAAAGCAGUUAAAUUUUAUGAUAGUCUUGCAAAACAGCUGGUCAGCCAGGGUCAUGUACUAGACCUUUUUGCAUCUGCACUUGAUCAGGUUGGGGUUUCUGAAAUGAAAGUUGCAGUAGAAAGAACAGGUGGCCUUGUUGUUCUAGCUGAAAGUUUUGGUCAUUCUGUAUUUAAAGACUCUUUCAAGCGUGUGUUCGAGGAUGGAGAACAGUCUCUUGGCCUUUGUUUUAAUGGCAUGCUUGAGAUCAACUGUUCAAAAGACAUCAAAAUUCAGGGGGUCAUUGGACCUUGCACAUCUUUAGAGAAGAAAGGACCUAAUGUCGCUGACACCAUCAUUGGGGAGGGGAACACUACAGCAUGGAAGAUGUGUGGCCUUGACAAGAGUACGUGUUUGACGGUUUUAUUUGAUCUUACAUCAACUGAGCGAUCAAAUGUUCCAGGAACCGCAAAUCCACAGCUCUAUUUGCAGUUUCUUACAAGUUAUCAAGACCCUGAAGGUAAAACAAUGCUUCGAGUUACGACUGUGACAAGACGAUGGGUAGACAGUGCUGUUAGUGCAGAGGAAUUAGUACAAAGUUUUGAUCAAGAAACUGCGGCUGUUGUAAUGGCAAGAAUAGCUUCUCUGAAAAUGGAGAUAGAGGAGGGGUUUGAUGCUACACGGUGGUUAGAUCGGAAUCUCAUACGACUUUGUUCCAGAUUUGGCGACUAUCGGAAGGAUGAUCCAUCAUCAUUUACAUUAAACUCUUGUUUUUCUUUGUUUCCUCAGUUUAUGUUUAAUCUGCGGCGGUCACAAUUUGUACAGGUUUUUAACAACAGUCCAGAUGAGACUGCCUAUUUUCGCAUGUUAUUAAACAGGGAAAACAUUACGAAUGCUGCUGUUAUGAUUCAACCAUCAUUAAUAUCAUAUUCAUUCAACUCACUGCCCCAACCAGCAUUAUUGGACGUGGCUUCCAUUUCAGCUGAUCGUAUUCUCUUGCUGGAUUCAUAUUUCAGUAUUGUUGUUUUCCAUGGUAUGACAAUAGCGCAGUGGCGCAACAUGGGUUAUCAGCAUCAGCCUGAACAUCAGGCGUUUGCACAGCUUUUGCAAGCACCCCAGGCUGAUUCCCAAAUGAUUAUUCGGGAACGCUUCCCUGUCCCUAGAUUGGUUGUAUGUGAUCAACAUGGAUCCCAGGCAAGAUUUUUAUUGGCAAAGUUGAACCCAUCAGCAACAUACAAUAAUUCCACCGAUAUAGCUGCUGGAUCAGAUGUAAUCUUCACGGAUGAUGUAAGCUUACAAGUCUUCUUUGAGCAUCUUCAGAGGUUGGCUGUGCAAUCUUGAUUGUAGAAAAUGGUUGAAAGACAUGGGUUUUUAGGUAUGGGAAAUUCCCUCAGUGUGAGUUCUAUAUCCUGUCUUAUGUCCUCUCUGUUCCAUUCGGUUCUUUUCCUUUCUCUCCAUCAAUUUUACAAAUGAGAGGUCGGGUAUCCCCACAAUAUUUGAAAAGUAAGGAUAGCACAUAUCAUUUUCAUUAUUUUCGGGGGUGUCGGCGAGGGAGGGAGGGAGGGAGGUAUUGGCUUUCCUUGAACAAAGAAGAGAUGCAAUGCAACAAAGAGGUUAGUUGAGUUUUUAGAUUUACAGGGGGAAAGGAAGGUAGGAUAAGAAUGUAUGUUUGAGGAUCCCUGUUUCAGUAGCGGGGACAAUUAGAGGAAUAUAUUUUGAUAGAAUUUUUAAAAAUUUUUUUUAUCAUCUUGUAUUGAAUCAGGUCACAGUGAAUGUGUUUGUGUACUGAGUUUCAGUUCAUGUAUACUCGUUGGGGGGGUCAAGACUCCUAUAGGUUGAGAAGUUAAAUGAACAUGGGUCAUUUUGUUUUGUUCAAAAUUCAAAGUAUUCUAGUAAUUUAUUUGACUUGGUUUUAUUUAUUUAUUUA